AUGCUGCCUAACAAAGUGGGCAAACAGCUGGGUCACCCCACGUAUUCUGGAUGGUUGGUGACCAAGUUCUUUAAAUGGCACAAUCAGAUUUUGGAGGAGAAUGCGGUGAAACUGAGCAACAUACAACCCAAAGACACGGUGCUGGAGCUCGGCCACGGGCCGGGCUUCGGUCUGCAGGCGGCGGCGCAGCUCCUCACGGCUCCGGAGGGGAAACUGCUCGGUGUGGAUUACUCUCAAUACAUGCAUGAGAUGGCCAGUAAGCGCAUGAAGGAGCAGAUCUCCAGAGGAAAGGCUGUGUUGUAUUGCAGUGAUUUGGUGGCCAUGCCGAUAGAGGAAAACACGGUUGACAAGGUGUUUCACUGCAACUGCUAUUACUUCUGGCCGGAUCUGAAAGCAGGCGCGAGAGCGAUUCACAGAGUGAUGAAACCAGGUGGAAUUAUGGUUACAACUCUCAGACUAGACAGUGUCAUCAAAGCUGCUAAUAUGAAAGUGCUCACUGGACACAAAUGGCGUCCUGAGGUCUACAUGGAGGCACUUCAGUCCUCCGGAUUCACAGAUGUCCGAAUGGAGAAAAAACGAGAGAAACUCAUCACAUUUCAAGCUAUUUUUGCCACUGCUGUGAAAUAA